AUGUUCGCCCGCUCAGCAGCUCGUGCACUUAAGUCCCAGUCGCGCCUCUUCUCCUCGUCGGCAGCGCGCCAGACAAAGGUUGCCGUCCUUGGCGCAGGUGGAGGCAUUGGCCAGCCACUCUCGCUGCUACUCAAAUGCGACCCGCUUGUCUCGAGCCUUAGCUUGUACGAUAUUCGGGGUGCACCGGGCGUUGCUGCAGACGUCAGCCACAUUGACAGCUCCGGCGAUGUCAAGGGCUACGCUGCUGACCAACUCGAUGCUGCUCUCGAGGGUGUCAAGGUCGUGGUUAUCCCCGCUGGUGUUCCCCGAAAGCCCGGUAUGACCCGUGACGACCUCUUCAACACCAACGCAUCCAUCGUGCGCGACCUUGCUACCGCCGUCGGCAGGGUGUCCCCGGAGGCGCACAUCCUCGUCAUCUCCAACCCUGUGAACUCCACCGUCCCCAUCGUCGCCGAGACCCUCGCCAAGGCGGGCGUCUUCGACCCGAAGCGUGUAUUCGGGGUCACCUCCUUGGAUGUUGUCCGUGCUACCCGCUUCCUUGCGGAGGUCACCGGCGCGGACCCAGCAAACACUCCUGUCACUGUUGUCGGAGGCCACUCCGGCCCCACGAUUGUCCCCCUUCUCAGCCAGUCCUCUUACGGCAAGGCUAUUACCGGCGAAUCGUACGAGAAGAUUGUUCACCGCAUCCAGUACGGCGGUGACGAGGUCGUCAAGGCCAAGGACGGUGCUGGCUCCGCGACUCUCUCCAUGGCCUACGCCGGUGCCAAGUUCACCAACUCUCUCCUCCGCGGUCUCACCGGCGAGAAAGGCGUUGUUACCCCGACCUUUGUGAAGAGCCCGCUCUUCGCCGACCAGGGCAUCGACUUCUUCUCCUCCAACGUCGAGCUCGGCCCUAACGGUGUUGAGAAGAUCCACGAGAUCGGUCCGCUCUCCCCCGAGGAGGAGAAGCUUCUCGCCGCGUGCUUGCCCGAGCUCAAGAAGAACAUCCAGAAGGGCAAGUCUUUCGUCGGUGCAUAAGGGAGUACCGCUCUGGGGUUGAUGUAGACACGACGCGCGGAUAUGUUCUACACGGAUAGACGGAUCUAUGCCACUGCUAGAUGCGAUCGACUCUGCUCCUCGGCACUUGCUUAUUCCUAGUUGCAUUUCCGUAGAGGUUUGGGACAAUAACUCGUGGAUAUGUAAACCGUAACUCAAAACUCAGUGCAACGUGCGCGCUAAACACAAAAAUUCAUGGAGAGUUAAGAC